AUGAAUCCGAAUCAGGUGAAUGCUGAAAAUGCACAGCAUUUGCGUGAUACAGUUUACAACUAUACGCGGCUACAACCAUCGUUAGAUGCAUCAGAGGUAUUACCAAUAACGAAUAAAAAAACACUACAGCGACGAAAAGCAAAAUUCAAAGUUGACCCAAUAACGUAUCUUCUCAGUGACUAUCAAGGUCAUGAAAUUAAAGGUUCUGUAUACGCAGAAGAGCUACAAAUAGCGAAACAUCCUAACGUUUACCUAGUAGAGAAAAUUAUUCGUAAACAGAAUGGAAAAGCUUUUGUAAAAUGGCUCGGUUUUGGAUCAGAGCAUAAUUCUUGGAUUCCCAUUGAAGAUAUUCUUUAA